AUGAAGCUUCUCCUUCAUGCUGUGUCUUCAAAUGGGAACUCUGUGGAGGACCCGAUGGAGACAGUGAUCACAGUGACAGACAAGAAUGACAACAGGCCCGAAUUCACCCAGGCGGUCUUUGAGGGGUCUGUGAUGGAAAGAGCCCAGCCAGGAACAUCCGUGAUGCAAAUCACAGCAACGGACACGGAUGACCAUGAGAACACCUACAAUGCAGACAUUGCUUACACCAUCCUCAGCCAGGACCCCUCAGUACCUCACUCCAACAUGUUCACCAUCAACUGGAACACGGGAGUCAUCUCUGUGCUCGCUUCUGGGCUGGACCCACAGAGCGCUCCUGCCUACACCCUGACAGUCCAGGCCGCCGACCUCCAAGGUGAAGGCUUACGGUCCACAGCAACAGCCGUGAUCACAGUCGCCCAGAGCAACCCCAACCCUCCCGUCUUCAGCCCCGCUGGGUAUGUGGGCCAGGCGUUUGAGAACAAGGUGAAUGCCGGGAUAGUGAGGCUGAAGGUGCAGGAUGCAGAACGCCCCCCCGGCUCCCCCGCACGGAAGGCAGUGUUCUCCAUCCUAAAUGACAGAGCAGGCCUCUUUACUGUCACCACAGACCCUGAGACCAAUGACGGCCUUUUGAAAACAGCCAAGGGUUUGGAUUUUGAGACCACGCAGCGAUACACCCUCUACAUGACAGUGGUGAACGCGGUGCCCUUGGCGUCUCUCCCCACAUCCACGGCCACCAUCACCGUGGAUGUGCUGGACGUGAAUGAGGCCCCUGUCUUUGUACCCCCGAUGAAGAUGGUGGAAGUGUCCAAGGAUGUUGGUGUGGGCCAGGAAAUUACAUCAUACAGGGCCCAGGACCCAGACAGCCUCCAGUGUCAGAAGAUCAGGUACCAGAUAUGGCAUGAUCCAAGCCAUCAGCUGGACAUCAACUCAGAAACAGGAGUCAUUUCCACUCGAGCCAGUCUGCACGGGGACGACAUGAAGGACCACACAUUUUCAGCUGUUGUCAUAGCUACGGACGAUGGGCAACCUCCUGCCACGGGCAACGGGACCCUUCUCCUCACUUUCUCUGAACCAGACUGCCCAGCAGUGCCAAAAGAAACCUUCGCAUUAGAGAAGUUUCCAGAGUAUGCAAUGUCCCAGUGA